AUGGUUAAAUGUAUCAAUUGUUCUAAACAUAUUAAUAAGAAAAAUCCUGGACUGCAGUGUUCAAAGUGUGGAAAGUGGCUUCAUGCGUCAUGUGCUAGCAUUUCAAUUGAUCAGCUGACGGCUCUGUCAGCUACGGAAGCUGUGGACUGGAAAUGUAAAGCAUGUGUAGGUUCGCAGAAACCGAAGCGCCUCUCCUAUAUUAUACCAGACCCUGAUGAAGAUGACGGUGAAACAUCUGAAGCAGAGGGAUCCAUUACUGCUGCUUCGGGAAGAACAAUGGACAAUAAAAUGCUGCAACCAGUUCUACAACAAUUACGCACUGAAAUAAGAAAUAUUAUCCGAGAAGAGUUGCAACAAACAUUAAAAUAUUUUUCUGACAAAAUUGAUGAAUACAGUGUAAAAAUUAACAACUACGAGACUCACGUAAAAACGCUUGAAAAACAGUGUAUUGAUCUAAAAAACAACUUAAAAAAUAUUAAUCUUAAAUGUAGCGUACUAGAGAGUAAAAUAAAUCAACUAGAACAAAACCAACUGAUGUGUCAAAUAGAAAUUUGUGGUGUUAAGGAAUUGGCUAACGAAGAUCCGGUAAACAUAGCUAAACAGGUAGCUACCAAGAUGCAGGUAAGCCAAAAUUACAUAAUUAAGGCAUACCGUAAGAGAAAAAAUCGCACUGAGCCUUCAAAUAGGAUAGAACAUUCACCAAUCAUUGUUACGCUGCAAGAUGGAGCACGAGACAUCUGGCUGAAUAAAGCCAAGGAUUUUAAAAUGACAACGACCGAACUAGGACUGCAGGGUAGCGAUAAGGUGUAUUUACGCGAAUCACUAGCACCUGGGAUUGCAUUUUUAUUAUGGAAGACCAAAGAAGCACUUAAAGAUACUUUCAAAUUUAUAUGGUGCAAAAAUGGCACAAUUCUACUACGCAAGGAAGAAAAGGCAAAAAUAAUCUCCAUACGCACUCUCUUUGAGUUAGAAUCAGUUAUGGCCUCGCAAAAUAAACCUAUUAAUUAUGGCGUUCAUCUAAACACUUACCUAAUUGUUUUUAAUUUUACUGCAAUAUUUCGUUCUCGUAUUUUGAAGUCACAUAAUUGGAGAAAUAUGCAGAUUUUUGUGAAAACUUUAACUGGGAAGACAAUUACGUUAGAAGUCGAACCCUCCGAUACUAUUGAAAAUGUUAAAGCGAAAAUACAGGAUAAAGAAGGCAUUCCUCCAGAUCAGCAGAGGCUGAUUUUUGCAGGAAAGCAGUUGGAAGAUGGUCGUACGCUUUCAGAUUAUAAUAUCCAAAAGGAAUCCACACUUCAUCUUGUAUUACGCCUGCGGGGUGGAAUGCAAAUUUUCGUGAAGACACUUACAGGUAAAACAAUUACACUCGAAGUUGAGCCUGCUGAUACCAUUGAAAAUGUAAAGUCUAAAAUACAGGAUAAAGAGGGUAUUCCCCCAGAUCAGCAGAGACUUAUCUUUGCCGGUAAACAACUUGAAGAUGGUCGAACUUUGUCAGACUAUAAUAUCCAGAAAGAAUCUACAUUGCAUCUUGUCUUGCGCCUCAGGGGUGGGAUGCAAAUAUUUGUUAAGACACUAACUGGAAAAACAAUAACUUUGGAAGUGGAACCAUCAGAUACCAUAGAAAAUGUUAAAGCUAAGAUUCAAGAUAAGGAGGGCAUCCCGCCAGAUCAGCAGCGUCUCAUCUUUGCUGGUAAGCAAUUGGAGGAUGGUCGUACCUUGUCUGAUUACAAUAUCCAAAAGGAAUCUACACUUCACCUUGUUCUGCGCCUCAGGGGUGGGAUGCAAAUAUUUGUUAAGACACUAACUGGAAAAACAAUUACUUUGGAAGUGGAACCAUCAGAUACCAUAGAAAAUGUUAAAGCUAAGAUUCAAGAUAAGGAGGGCAUCCCGCCAGAUCAGCAGCGUCUCAUCUUUGCUGGUAAGCAAUUGGAGGAUGGUCGUACCUUGUCUGAUUACAAUAUCCAAAAGGAAUCUACACUUCACCUUGUUCUGCGUCUCAGGGGUGGGAUGCAAAUAUUUGUUAAGACACUAACUGGAAAAACAAUAACCUUGGAAGUGGAACCAUCAGAUACCAUAGAAAAUGUUAAAGCUAAGAUUCAAGAUAAGGAGGGCAUCCCGCCAGAUCAGCAGCGUCUCAUCUUUGCUGGUAAGCAAUUGGAGGAUGGUCGUACCUUGUCUGAUUACAAUAUCCAAAAGGAAUCUACACUUCAUCUUGUUCUGCGCCUCAGGGGUGGGAUGCAAAUAUUUGUUAAGACACUAACUGGAAAAACAAUAACCUUGGAAGUUGAGCCAUCAGAUACCAUAGAGAAUGUAAAAGCCAAGAUUCAGGAUAAAGAGGGUAUUCCACCAGACCAGCAACGUCUCAUUUUUGCCGGUAAACAAUUAGAGGAUGGACGAACUCUUUCAGAUUAUAAUAUACAAAAGGAAUCUACACUUCAUCUUGUUCUGCGCCUCAGGGGUGGGAUGCAAAUAUUUGUUAAGACGCUAACUGGAAAAACAAUAACCUUGGAAGUUGAGCCAUCAGAUACCAUAGAGAAUGUAAAAGCCAAGAUUCAGGAUAAGGAGGGUAUUCCACCAGACCAGCAACGUCUCAUUUUUGCCGGUAAACAAUUAGAGGAUGGACGAACUCUUUCAGAUUAUAAUAUACAAAAGGAAUCUACACUUCAUCUUGUUCUGCGUCUCAGGGGUGGGAUGCAAAUAUUUGUUAAGACACUAACUGGAAAAACAAUAACCUUGGAAGUGGAACCAUCAGAUACCAUAGAAAAUGUUAAAGCUAAGAUUCAAGAUAAGGAGGGCAUCCCGCCAGAUCAGCAGCGUCUCAUCUUUGCUGGCAAGCAAUUGGAGGAUGGUCGUACCUUAUCUGAUUAUAAUAUCCAAAAGGAAUCUACACUUCACCUUGUUCUGCGUCUCAGGGGUGGGAUGCAAAUAUUUGUUAAGACACUAACUGGAAAAACAAUAACCUUGGAAGUGGAACCAUCAGAUACCAUAGAAAAUGUUAAAGCUAAGAUUCAAGAUAAGGAGGGCAUCCCGCCAGAUCAGCAGCGUCUCAUCUUUGCUGGUAAGCAAUUAGAGGAUGGACGAACUCUUUCAGAUUAUAAUAUACAAAAGGAAUCAACUUUGCAUUUGGUUCUUCGUCUUCGCGGUGGGGAUUAA